UCCUGGGAAAAGCCUCGGGGAAGGGAGAGGGAGGGUUUUUUUGGAUUGCAAAUUCAAGGAGUUUAUUUAUUUAUUUAUUUAUUCCCCGUUUUGCUACCCUGUAAGCAAUUCAAGGCGGCGAACUUCAGAACAACCGCCCUGUGAGGUUGUGCUGAUCUUGUUAAAAUGAUUCUUUUGCAUCUUAGAAUAGAAUAGUUGAAAGGGACCUUGGAGGUCUUCUAGUCCAACCCCCUCCUAUUAAUUCCAGGCCUCUAAUUGCCGCAGUUUCAGCUAGAAGAAAGGAAUCAAUCCGAUGAUCAGUCGGUCUGGAUCGGGGGAGGGGGAAGGGGGGGAGACAAUCAUUGCUGGGAUCUGCUUUGGAUCCCGGGUCGAUCCCGCAAAGCUGCGGAAAAGACAAUCGGAGAGGGAGCCAUAGGGGGCGCCCACCUCAAUGUCGAGGGGCUGAGCGCCACUGCGCACGCUCCGCCACGUCUGCCCAGCUGGGGAGGAGCGGCUGUGAGCUGUGACCUGGAAAUCUGGGGAGGGGAAACGGGCAGGAAGGGGUCCCCCAACCCCGAGUCUCCCCGGGGAAGGAAGUAGCUGGGGGGAAGGCUAAAGGAGCUACCACAUGUGGAUAAACCAGAUGUAAAAAACUGGAGGCCUCUCGAGAGCUGAAUGGCUUGAAACUCUUCUCUGGGAUUCUCUGGGCAACUCCCUCAGAUCCCGGGACUGAAAAAAACCUUUUCAGACUCAGGAGAUCCACAGGGCCCUUCUGGAUCCCUGUCAGAGAAGAGACUGGAAAUGGAUGCAAACCAGCCAGCUGGGAAGCGAGUGGGAAAAGGCCCUGCUGCUGCUCAGCUGCGAAGCUGUGAGGAGGUCUGGGCAGGACCUGGGCAAAAGAUCCUGGAGGAAGCUCUUAAUUCUGAGAUUCAGCACUGGCGCUUCAGGAACAGCCCCUUUCAGGAGGCUGAGGGACCACGAGAGCUUUGCAGCCGCCUUCACCGCCUUUGCCGGGGGUGGUUGCAGCCCGAGAAGCACACCAAGGCUCAGAUGUUGGACCAGGUGAUUUUGGAGCAGUUUCUGGCUGUCCUGCCUGGGGAGAUGCAGUGCUGGGUGCGGGAAUGCCGAGCAGAGACCAGUUGCCAGGCGGUGGCCCUGGCUGAAGGCUUCCUUCUGACCCAAGUAGAGAAGGAGCAGGGAGGACACCAGGUUCUGAGGUCCUUCAUGGAGGUAGGGACUAAUUGUCCUGAGGAAAGGGUGAAUCCCACAAAUCCCUCUCGGGAGCCAUGUUUUAGAGGACUCUACAAAGAGGAAGGUCAAUGUCAAGACACCUCACUAGGGAACAAAAUGGAGUCGCUGUUAUUCAUCCACUCAUCUCCACGUACUGGUGGAGCUGAAAGAACAGUUGGACCUUCAGCUCAGGAUAUGGCAACAUCCGAGUACCACCAGUCGUCUAGCAAGGGUCCUGUGUCCUUUGAGGAGGUGGAUGUUCAUUUCACCAAUGAAGAAUGGUCGCUGCUGGAUCCCGACCAGAAAGCCCUGUACCAAGAAAUAAUGUUGGAGACGUCUAGGAUUGUAACCUCUUUAGUUGAUGCACAGAAAAAUGAAAAUUAUCGAGAGCCACGUGUGGUGCCAUCACAAAUAAUCGAAACUGAAAUACGAGAACAGCAAUGUGCAGAUAAGUGGGGAAGAAGGAGAUAUGAGAAAAAAGAAUCUUACACUUGGAGAGAAAACUUGACCUUUGAAUGUGUGGAAAUGGAUAAUUUCCAGAUUCAACAUGAUUUCAAAGAAAGUAGUAUCGGAAAGUGUCGAGGAAAUGGGAAGAGAUUCAAACCGAAACCCAAUUUCAGUAACUGCUGCAAAAUUGGAAAAAACUUCAACUAUAACACUAAAAUUAUCCCACAUAAAAUAAUCCAUGCAAAGGAGAAGCCCUACAAAUGUUUGGACUGUGAAAAGAACUUUAGGUGGAGAGGUAAUCUUCACUAUCAUAAAAAGAUCCAUUUGGGGGAAAAGCCCUUCAAAUGCGCAGAAUGUGGAAGAAGUUUCAAUAUGAACAGUUCCUUGACUUAUCAUAAAAGGAUCCAUAUGGGAGAGAAACCCUAUAAAUGCACGGACUGUGGUAAAAGCUUCACUAUGAACAGUGCCUUUACUUUUCAUAAAAGAAUCCAUAUGGGAGAGAAAUCUUACAAAUGCCUGGAAUGUGGAAAAAACUUCAGCACCAAAAGUUAUCUGACCUCCCAUAAAAGGAUCCACACAGGGGAAAAACCAUAUAAAUGCGUAGACUGUGGAAAAAGCUUCAGUAUGAAAAGUUCCUUUACUUACCAUAAAAGGAUCCACAUGGGAGAGAAACCAUAUAAAUGCCUGGAAUGUGGGAAAAGCUUCAGUAUGAAUAGUUCUCUAACAUAUCACAAAAGGAUCCACACAGGAGAGAAACCCUAUAAAUGUCCUGAGUGUGGAAAGAGCUUCAGCAGCAGCAGUUAUCUAACUUCCCAUAAAAGGUUCCAUACAGGGGAAAAACCCUAUAAAUGCAUAGAGUGUGGGAAAAGCUUCAGUUUGAACAGUUCCCUUGCUUCUCAUAAAAGGAUCCACAUGGGAGAGAAACCAUAUAAAUGCCUGGAAUGUGGGAAAAGCUUCAUUAUGAAUAGUUCUCUUACAUAUCACAAAAGGAUCCACACAGGAGAGAAACCCUAUAAAUGUCUGGAGUGUGGAAAGAGCUUCAGCAGCAGCAGUUAUCUAACUUCCCAUAAAAGGAUCCAUACAGGGGAAAAACCCUAUAAAUGCAUAGAGUGUGGGAAAAGCUUCAGUUUGAACAGUUCCCUUGCUUCUCAUAAAAGGAUCCAUACAGGAGAGAAACCUUAUACCUGCACGGAGUGUGGAAAGAGCUUCAGCAGCAGCAGUUCUCUUACUUGCCAUAAAAGGAUCCAUUCAGGGUUGAAACCUUAUAUAUGCAAUGAAUGUGGGAAGAGUUUUAUUUCAAGCAGCUCCCUUACGAAACACAUUAGUAUCCACUCGGGGGAGAAAUUAUAUACUUGUACAGAGUGUGGGAAAAGCUUCCAACUGAAUAGUCACCUAACUUCCCACAAGAAAAUGCAUACUGGAGAAAAACCCUAUUGAUGCACGGACUGUGGAAAAAGCUUCAGUAUCAAUAGUUCCCUUACUUCUCAUAAGAAGAUCCAUUCAAGGUUGAAACCAUACAUAUGCAAGGAAUGUGGGAAGAGUUUUGUUUCUAACAUCUCCCUGACGAAUCAUGUUUGUAUCCACCUAGAUGAGAAACUAUAUCAGUGUACGGAGUGUGUGAAAAGCUUCAGGUGGAAAAGUCACCUAAUUUCUCAUAAAAGGAUGCAUACAGGAGAGAAACCCUAUAAAUGCAUGGACUGUGGAAAAAGCGAACAGUUUCCUUACUUCUCAUAAAAGGAUCCAUACGGGAGAAAAACCCUAUGAAUGCACAGAGUGUGAGAAAAGAUUUAGCAAGAGCCGUUACCUUACUUCCCAUAAACGAGUCCACACACGGGAGAAGCGAUAAAUAUGCUCUGAAUAUGGAAAGAGUUUUUGUGAAACUCUUAUGCUGCCUAACAGAAAUGGGGAAAAAAUAUACAUGCAUGAUAUGUGGAAAGAAAUUUAUGUGGAGCAAUCAACUUACUUUCCAUAAAAGGACCCACAUGGAGAACAUGUCUUUUGGGAUUGAAGUGUUCUGAAUUCCUGUAAAAGGAUUGGCUGUAAUAUCAAACAUAUACAGUAAAUGCAGAACUUCACUCAAGAAUUAUGAACUGAUGUGUCUAAAGGCUCCAUACAAGGGAAAUAGCAUGUAAGCAUGUAGUGUGGAAAGAGCUUCAAAUGCUUUUCUUUCUGCAUGUGCCUUGCAGAUAGAUUUUUUUUUUUUUAAAUUUCUGAUGAUACCAGUCCCUGCAGGGUUUUUUUGGCAGGGUUUUUCAAAGUGCUUUGCUAUUGCUGCCAUCAUAGGGCUGAGAGAAAGUGACAGGCCCAAAGUCACUUAGUGUCUAAAGUGGGACUCCCAGUUUCCAGCCUGGUCUCUUAACCACUGCACCAUGCUGGCUUUUUCAAGUGGAAUAGAAACUUUAUUUUUGGAAAAUAAGUUACUGUAGGUACACGUGGGAGAAACAUUAGAACGCAUAGAAUGUGGGAACAGUUUGAGAAGGAAAUGUCUACUUGGGAAAGGAAUCCAUAAAUGCAGGGAGAAUGGAAGAAAUUAAGCAAAAACAGGUUCCUUAAUUCCCAUGAAAGGAUCCAUAUGGAAGAACCACAGAUACAUGUGUCUGGGAGAAGAAUGAUCAAGUAGGUGUCUGGAGAACUUCAGUACAAGGCGCUCUUAUUUCCCAGAAAAAGUUUCACAUAGGAGAGAGAAUGUAGAUAUAAAUACAUGGAACACCAAGAGAGGCUAAAACAUAUAAGGAACGGUUGCUAGAAUUGGGUAUGUCUAGUUUAACGAAGAGAAGGACAAGGGGGGACAUGAUAGCAGUGUUCCAAUAUCUCAGGGGCUGCCAUAAAGAAGAGGGA